UACCACCGUCGUGCCUCUUGUAUAACCAUGGCAGUCUCAGUCCUGGGUAAGCGCCAGAGAGGUGCAAUUGAACUGCAGGAACUACCAGUCCGAACCUCCAGCAGCAAAAGGCAAGCACGAUCGGUUAAAAUCCGUCAGGAUGACCAGGAUGCAUCUUUGUCAUCUCCUCGCCAGCUCAGAUCGCGGACGAGAAACGGAACUAGCGCCCAGCAGGAGAAUGAUGCCGAGGUCAAGAGUCCCGUCAGCAGUAUACGCUCCAAACAUAGUAUUUGUGACGAUGAGCAUGCUGUCCCUUCAAAGAAGAUCAAUUCUCUUUUCAGGUCUUCCAAGCCGGUCAAUGAUGAAAACUCAACCCCAGUGGGUAUCAAGACACCUCGCAAGUCCAGGUACCAUGAUGUCUUGGAUACUCCACCCGUCACUCCGAAGCAUCGAGUGCAGAUUAGCGGGAAACCUUUGACUCCGCGAACCCCUCGACAAGCUACCGCUCCUACAACUUCUUCUCAAACCGUAUAUACUCAAGCAAGACAACUGUUCGCCAGAGGUGCGAAUCCUGGCCGGCUUAUUGGACGAGAGUCGGAACGUGAGAAGCUAGUAUCAUUUAUCCAAGAUGGAGUAGAGUCACGGCGAGGUGGCUGUCUCUACGUCAGUGGCCCUCCGGGCACGGGGAAAAGUGCGAUGGUUGAGGAAGUGUGCCGUGAAUUAGAACUCAAGACCGUCCACAUCUCCCAUAUCAACUGCGCAAGCAUACGGAAUGCGCGCGACGUCUACAGCAAGCUUAUUGAAGACCUAUCUGAGGACUUCCAGGUUUUCAAGAAAAGCGAGCGCGAUCAGUUGAAGGAGAUGUUCAUCCCAGCCAAGAAAGGCUCGGGGUUCUUCCUCGUCACUCUGGAUGAGAUCGACCAUCUUCUAGGGGCUGACUCGGAGAUACUGCAGUCUCUGUUUGAAUGGUCACUACACAAGAACUCCCAUCUUCUGCUAAUUGGAAUUGCCAAUGCCUUGGAUCUGACAGACCGCUCCUUGCCACAAUUGAAAGCAAAGAAUCUCAAGCCUCGUUUGCUUCCUUUUUUGCCCUACAAUGCCACCCAGAUUGCGAGCGUGAUAACCAACCGUCUCAAAUCGUUGCUCCCUGCUGAUCAUGAUGCCGAUGCAAACUUUGUUCCGUUUCUACAGCCUGCAGCCAUACAACUAUGCUCGAAGAAGGUUGCAUCCCAAACCGGGGAUCUGCGAAAGGCCUUUGAGCUAGUUAAGCGCGCUAUCGAUGUCAUUGAACAGGAGAUACAACGGAAACUGGAACGAGCAGAUGCAACCCAAGAGGGCGAUUCUGGGGCUCUCGUCGAGAAUAUCAAUCUUUCAUCUUCCGCGAGAACUCCCACUUCCAAACAUGUCUCAAUGGCUAGCUAUACAGUUUUCACAGCGCCACGUGCUAGCAUUGCGCAUGUGGCACGCAUCACCUCCUCGGCUUUCGGACAAGGUACCCUUCAGAGACUGCAAAAUCUCAACCUUCAACAAAAAGCGGCCAUUUGCGCGUUGAUUGCUCUGGACAGAAAGCGGCGGGAUGUCGAGAUGCCUAGCACCCCUUCGAAAAUGAGAAACCAGCCACCGACGGUGAAGCAAGUAUUUGACGCUUAUUGCACAUUGUGUCGGAAUGACAAUAUUCUCCAUCCGCUUACGGCAACAGAAUUCAAAGACGUCCUCAGCAAUUUAGAGACAAUGGGCCUAGUCGGUGAAUUCCAAGGCCGUAGUAGAGGCAGCACUCUGGUCGGUGGCUCACGCACACCUUCCAAAUCUUCCGGACCAUCGACCCCAGUUAAGGGCCUCGAUGAGAAGCGCCUUGUCUGCUUUGUCUCGCAGAAGGAAGUCGAGAGUCAGAUUUCCGGUCCCGGCGAGAAUAUCCUCCGCAGAUUGCUCGUUGGCGAGGGAUUGUGAUGAAAGAAGUGGAAUUGCUAUUACGAGAUACAUGAAUUCAAUCAUUCGUCUGGGGUCUGGAAAGCACAUGGUGUUCAUCGUUACAUUCGAGUAUGGCGUAUUCAAGGUUUAAAUGUUGCCAGCGUUAAAUAUGUAUUUAUCCAGGUAGCGCAUAUCCUAGUAUCUUAUUAUACGGAGUACACAGAUUCCGAC